AGCACCAGAACCAUGCACGGGAGCUGGUAAAGAAGGCGGACCUGUCGCAGUGGGAUGCCCUGGUCAUCAUGUCUGGAGAUGGACUGCUGUUUGAGGUGAUAAAUGGUCUGAUGGACCGAGAGGACUGGCAAGAGGCCAUCCAGACCCCUCUGGGUAUUCUACCAGGUGGCUCAGGCAACGCCCUCGCCGCCUCCGUCCACCACUACUCACAGUCAUCUCCAGCGUGGAACGAAGAACUACUAUUGAGCUGUGGCUUCAUGUUGUGCAAAGGUCUUGUCGGCUCCUUAGACCUGGUGUCGAUCCACUUGGCCUCUCGGCAGCGCCUCUUCUCCUUCCUCUCCCUCGCCUGGGGCUUCGUGGCAGAUGUUGACAUCGAGAGCGAGAAGUACCGUCAUGUUGGCGCCAUCCGCUUCCUGAUGGGCACCCUGGUGCGCCUGGCCUCCCUCAGAGUCUAUCAGGGCAAGUUGGCGUAUCUGCCUGUUAAGGAGGUGCCAGCACUUCCAAAAGGGAGCAUAAAGGCUAACCACCCCCCUUCCACACCUCAGCACCCCUCACUCUGCUCCUCCCUACACUGUCGGCUCAUCCCCAACCCCUCUCCAAAUCAGAACGCUCGUCACCACCACAACACCACAAACUGCAACCACAACACCAUCUCCAACUCCCCCAAUAAUGCUAACACCACCAAGAGAACUGAGAUCCAGAGUGAUGGCAAGACCAUGGUACUGGUGGACUCUCUUCUUCCUGGUCUGGAGCAGCCGGUUCCAGAGAGCUGGACAGUGGUCAAGGAGGAGGACUUUGUCUUGGUACUGGCUAUUUACCAGUCCCACCUUGCUGAGGACCUGUGGACAGCCCCUGGUGCGAUGGCAGAUGACGGGCUGAUUCAUCUGUUCUACGUGACAGCAGGAAUCUCACGUCCCGCCCUGCUGCGCCUUUUCCUCGCGAUGGAGAAGGGCGCCCACUUGGCGUGCGGCUGCCCCUACCUGGUGUAUGAGAAGGUGAAGGCCCUGCGGCUGGAGCCCAUCACUCCGCAGGGCGUGAUCACUGUGGACGGAGAGAUGGUGGAAUACGGGCCUGUUCAGGCUCAAAUCCACCCAGGACUGGCCAGACUCAUAUGUGGAUGAACCUGGAUUAUCUUAAUCUUUCUUCUGGUUGUAGAGCUUUUCUAGUUUGGCCUUUUUAUAUUCAGCGUUGAUUCCUUUACGUAUGCUGUGUUUUCAGAAGUGCCAAAGACAUUUGAUCAGCCUCUGGAAAUUCCUCUAUUUUUCUAUUGAAGCAACUUAUGCUCACAAUGUUUGAUUCAGGUUUAAAGCCAUGGAUGGUCGUUCUUGCUGCUGGCUGGUACCAGCUUGGAGAAAGAGAGAGGGAUUGUGUGAGCGUGUGAGUGUGUGUGCGCACGAGAGAGAUCUUUACGUUUCUGUGUGUACCCAAGUGUGUGUACGUUUGAGACUGUAGAGGAACCCAUAGCUGAGGAGCUCAUUGUUCAUGCUGCUGUCGGACCACAUAAGCAUGACACACAUGAAGAGAAGCACAUUUUCCCGUCCUGGGAUGCUCCUGGAGAAACCCCGCCCCUUGUCCCACUGUACUACACCAGGCCGCCAAUCUCCCUCCUGGGCUCUAACAGCAUCACCUCCCCCUAAGCUUGGUAAAGAGGAGCUUUCUUUCUGAGGAGAUAUAAAUCCGCUGGGGAUUUGAUGUUGACAUAUCUUUAAUCUUUGCAUAGUAUUUAUGUAAAAAAAAAAAAAAAGCACACAAAAAAUAACAAUACCAGAUCUUGUCAAAGUAACAAUUAGCACCCCUUCCUCCUGUGUGUGCAAACUUCCUCCAGCUUCUAAUGCAUGAAGUGCUGUGGAGGCAGACAGAAACCCAGUCAGCCGAGCUUACACCUCCACCAAUGCCCGAUCCAUUUCCUGCCGUGUCUGCUCUCUCACCCUGCUUGAUUUGCAACCAUCAUCAAACUGUAGGAACUGCCUGCACUCGCACACAAACACACACUCACUUUCUUUUCCCCCAUCCCCCCUCCUCCUAUGCACACACACACGCACACACACACACACACACACUCAUUCCCUGCAUCUCUGCAGCACUUAGUUAGGGGGGAGGGGUCUGGUCUACUUGUGUGCAUAUGAUCCCCUCUCCUCCUGCCAUCUUAAGAGUGUACUCUCCCUCGGUUAAUGAGCUAUCAGCACCUAAUGUGUCCUUAAUAUUAAGCUAUAAAUCUGCUGAGAAUUUAGUUUGUCUUCAUACGAAAGCUUUAAAGUGACUUUUAAAGAAGUGUCAAAGUAGAGAGAGUGGGGUUCCACACCUGGGUCAGUCAGCAUUGCGUAUUGAGAGAUUUGACAUCAAUGUGAGCUGGAGGGAGUCAAGUGUUCUCCUUUCUGCUGCUGUUGGCGGUGUGGUGAUGAGCAUUAGUGCGCUAGAGCAGAGGAUAGUGCAAAUGUUAGCAUUAUCAUCAGCGGCCCCCCUCCAAUUUCUCCCUCUCACACACACAACAAUUUAUUUCAGGCCGCACCAGGACUGUUACACCUGUAAGUGAUGCAUUAACUGAAAAUCAUCACUCACCAGAAUAAGCCGUCUUCCUUGAUCUUAGAUCAUAUUCACCACGCCCAACAGUCCCCUCGAUAAAAACGAUCCUUAAAACUAAGGUCACAUUACGUUUCCCAGCUACAUAUUGGUGCUGCUUACAGCUUCUAGCCUAUUUGUCAACAUACAGCGGCUCAAACAAUCCUCCACCCCAAUGAAAGCAGAUUUAAAUCCAUCAGAUCCAGAUUGUUUUGGGGAUCUGCACCGAUAUUGCACAUCCUCAUCAAUACUAACGCCCGGAAUAUGUCAGAAUUUUCUCAUCAGGAUUUUUUAAAUUGUUGAAAUCACUUUAUCUUGCAAUGUUAAAGAAAAUGAAAAAAAAAUAAUCCUGUACCUUCCCCCUGAUCCAGAUCCACACCAAAGUAUAAUAGGCUCUUCUUGGACCCCUACUUCGGUGUCUGUCGUCUACAGUUUGUGUGUCAUCCUCCAUAUUGUCAUGUUGUCCGAAUGCUGAUGCAUCCUCUAAAAACACAAUCACCGCUGAUGCUGAAAGUGAAAAGUAGAACAUCAACAGGCUGCUGGGUUUCAAAGAAAAACGGAUUAUCAGCUGUUCAAGGUUUUCAUCACUAUCACAGUGAGUGCAAUACAGUCUUUACAUUUGUAAAGUCGUUUUCUAAAGCUUGCGAGGGAAUCAUGAGUGAUUGGCUUCCGCUAAAAGAAGCAUAACAUUAGAUAUUUAUAUUUUCCACGUAAUGCAAACAGAAAGACAGUUUCUUUAAGGUCUGUGUUGAAAUGACUGGGGCACGGUUGGGGGCUGAACCUUGUACUCCCAGCAUCAUUAAUAUUUUUGAACCCUCCCUUUGACUUCUAUUUGUUUAAAUGGAGACAGCGUUAGGGCUGUGCAAUGAAAACUCAAAUGUUUCCAACAUUAAAAGAAUAAAACAUGACUGAAAUAUAUAUUUUAGGACUUCAUGUGGGAGACAGUUGUGCAUGAAUAAUACAAGGUCUGCACUGCCGGGCUGUUUUCAUUAUGCACAUUGAAAGAAACGCAGGUUAUUCGUACUUUUCUGGACCAUCAGACCCAGAUGUGUCAACCGAGUAGUGAAGAGACGUCCGCGUUGAUUAUCAGGAUCAAAAGAGACGGAGCAGAAACGUCAGCACAGCAAUUCAUCUCUUGUUACGAGCUACAGUUAGCUAUCGUAGCUAACCAGUAGUAGACUGUAAAUAAAGAUGGACGACAUGACCAAAAAGUGACGCCAAAGUGACUUGAUUGCCACCUGGUGGCUGGCUGCUGUAUAGGUCAUUAACCCACUUCCUUCCGUGUUUGUAUUUUGGAUAUUUUGGCUUCAUUUCUGGCUGGUGGAAGGAGGUGGAGACGUGUCAUCCAUCUUUGUACACAAUCUCUGGUUGAGGAAAAGAAAACCCUGAAACAAAAAGAUUUUGCACGAUUGAGACUUGUGGUGCACGUCAAAGUCCUCUUCAAUGUAACAGUUUGUUUAUCUUUGACAGCACUGAUAGCCUUUAUUCAUUUUACUUUACUUUAAUAAAUAUAUAUCAUAAAUCAGGAGGAGAAGACUUUCAGAAAACUCUUCCCACUAGUUUGUAUUCAGUCCCUCAACAAAGCAACAUACUUGAAGUUGACCUCAGUCAACAUCUGUAAAUGUUGGUUCUCAUUUUCACUGCAGUGCCGAUUUUUUGCCAAUUACUUGAUUUGUACAUCCUGGUUCUGACAUUUACAUACAUACUGUAUGGUAGUCAUUACGUCGCCCGACAUGCAACACGCUACCUUCUACCAUUACUGUAUCCUCAGUGGAGUUUUCCAGGUGCUUCCAAUGCAUAUCAUGUCCUGCGGGCUGCACUCAUGCCCACAUGCACUGUUAAACAUAUAACGUACAUGUCAUUGGGGGGGAGUUAUGCAAAUGCCUGGUCAUGGUUAAAGGAUAACCUGUAGUGAGGGCUCCCUCUGCUGGACUGUUCACUGAACAAUGUGAAGCGACAGUUAAAACCUGGACUACAUCCAUGUAUGAUAAACUGGGGAUCAUCUGCAAACCGCAUCAUCUUUCCUGCUUUUCAUAUUAACUUGAUGCAGAGAAACAAAGCUGCAAAAUAUAAUCCAUGUCAAUGUUGGAGUCGGGCGUUGAAAUACUACUGUUGAGUUAUGGUACGAUACUGUUAAACUGUUUUAUUCCAAUGGCUGCUUUAAUGUGACCCCCCUCUCUUAUUUGUCUUGUUCAAUACUGUCUAAGCUACAAAGCUGUGUCACAGACUCUGAAUGAAAACAGGCCAAUGACGUUCUCAGGCUCCUCUGAGAAUCUGAAUGAGUAAUUCUCUCUCUACCAUGUAAACUGUAAAACCUCUUCAGUCAUUUGUGUCUUGCGACUGUAUCCACCUGACGUAAUACUGUGAUUUACAGACAGCUGAAGAGUGUUUGACUCAUUGUUUUUCAUUGUGUUUAAUGUGGUGAUGUAAAGCGGCAUACAGUCGAUCUGGGGGGGGGUCAUGUAGUAUCACUGAAUGUGUUGUACCCUCUGUGUUAGUGACAAAACAAAAUAAUACUGUUCUGUUUAAUUGUAAUCUGCUAUGUACAUUAUCAGCUUUUCACUUUGCAGUAAAUUGAAUAAGGGAAAGUAGCUUCUCUAGAAAGUGCCUUAGCCAGUACCCAAGAUAGCAGAUAGGUGGCGCAAAGCAAAAUAUUAGAAAGGAAAAAAAA